GGCGCAGGGCCGCGAGUGCUUGGUGCCAACAUGUUUGGGGCGCCGGCGGCUUGCGGGGAGAGCGCGCCCCCGGGCCGACUCUGGGCGGGGGAUCGGGCGGGCGCGGGCAUCCCCGGACGCCGCGCAGCCCGGAUCGCGCGCUCCGCUCCACGUGCGCCAGCCGCCGGCUCUGAUGCAACGGCGCCGGGCGCGCAGGGCAGGAAAGGGGCGGUGCGACCGAGGGCGGGAGCCGGGAGGAGGGGCGCCCGCCCGCCCGCCCGCGCGCGCAGUGGGGCCCGGGCUGGGGCGGGACGCGGCGGGCCUCCCGGGCCCCCUCCGGGGGCCGCCGGCGCAGGGGCUCCGCGUCCGCCUCGCUGGCUCGGGCGGCUGGCGGCGGGGCGGUUUGCCUUGUCCCGAAACGCCGCCGCCUCCGGCGAGGGAGGAGCGCGCCUUAGAAGUCAUUCAGAAUUCAAAAGAAGUUCUGAGUUUAUUGCAAGAAAAAAACCCUGCCUUUAAGCCGGUUCUUGCUAUUAUUCAGGCAGGUGAUGAUAACUUGAUGCAAGAAAUAAACCAGAAUUUGGCCGAAGAGGCUGGUCUGAACAUCACUCACAUUUGCCUUCCUCCAGACAGCGGUGAAGAUGAGAUUAUAGAUGAAAUCUUGAAGAUUAAUGAAGACACCAGAGUACAUGGCCUUGCCCUUCAGAUCUCCGAGAGCUCGUUUAGCAACAAAGUCCUCAAUGCCUUGAAACCAGAAAAAGAUGUGGAUGGAGUGACAGAUAUAAACCUGGGGAAGCUGGUACGCGGGGAUGCCCAUGAAUGCUUUGUUUCACCUGUGGCCAGAGCUGUAAUUGAACUUCUUGAAAAGUCAGGUGUCAACUUAGAUGGGAAGAAGAUCUUGGUAAUAGGAGCCCACGGGUCUUUGGAAGCCGCCCUACAAUGCCUGUUCCAGAGGAAAGGGUCCAUGACGAUGAGCUCCCAGUGGAAGACACCUCAGCUUCAAAGCAAGCUUCAGGAGGCUGACAUCGUGGUCUUAGGCUCGCCCAAGCCAGAGGAGAUUCCCCUUUCUUGGAUCCAACCAGGAACGACUGUUCUCAACUGUUCCCAUGACUUCCUAUCAGGGAAACUUGGAUGUGGUUCUCCCGUGGUACAUUUUAGCGGCCUCAUCGCGGACAACGAUGUGUCUCUUCUCGCGGCAGCUCUGCGGAUUCAGAACGUGGUCAGUAGUGGCAGAAGAUGGCUCCGGGAGCAGCAGUACUCCAGGUGGAGACUUCACUGCUUGAAGCUUCAGCCUCUCUCCCCCGUGCCAAGUGAUAUUGAGAUUUCAAGAGCACAGACUCCAAAAGCCGUGGAUGUCCUCGCCAAGGAGAUAGGAUUGCUUCCAGAUGAAAUUGAGAUCUAUGGCAAAAGCAAAGCCAAAGUCCGUUUGUCCUUGCUGGAGAGGUUAAAGGACCAAGCAGAUGGAAAAUACGUCUUAGUGGCUGGGAUCACACCCACCCCUCUUGGAGAAGGGAAAAGUACAGUGACGAUCGGGCUUGUCCAGGCACUGACUGCACACCUGAACGUCAACUCAUUUGCCUGUCUGAGGCAACCUUCUCAAGGGCCGACUUUUGGAGUUAAAGGAGGCGCUGCGGGCGGCGGAUAUGCCCAGGUCAUCCCCAUGGAGGAGUUCAACCUUCACUUGACUGGGGACAUCCAUGCCAUCACCGCCGCCAAUAACUUGCUAGCCGCUGCUAUCGACACAAGGAUUUUGCAUGAAAAUUCUCAAACAGAUAAGGCCCUGUAUAAUCGACUGGUUCCUUCAGUGAAUGGUGUCCGAGAAUUUUCAAAAAUUCAACUUGCUCGGCUGAAGAGACUGGGAAUAAAAAAGACAGAUCCCAACACGCUGACAGAAGAGGAAAUGAGGAAGUUCGCCCGGCUUGACAUCGACCCCUCCACUGUCACGUGGCAGAGAGUAUUGGAUACAAAUGACCGAUUUCUACGAAAAAUAACCAUCGGGCAGGCAAACACAGAGAAGGGCUAUUCCCGGCAGGCGCAGUUUGAUAUUGCAGUGGCCAGUGAGAUUAUGGCGGUGCUGGCCCUGACCGACAGCCUCACGGACAUGAAGGAGCGGCUGGGAAGAAUGGUGGUGGCCAGUGACAAAAGUGGGCAGCCCGUGACAGCAGAAGAUUUGGGGGUGACAGGUGCUUUGACGGUUUUGAUGAAAGAUGCAAUAAAACCAAAUCUGAUGCAGACCCUGGAAGGGACACCUGUAUUUGUGCACGCGGGCCCCUUUGCUAACAUCGCGCAUGGCAACUCUUCAGUGUUGGCUGAUAAAAUUGCCCUGAAACUGGUUGGUGAAGAAGGAUUUGUAGUAACCGAAGCUGGCUUUGGCGCCGAUAUUGGAAUGGAGAAGUUCUUCAAUAUCAAGUGCCGGGCCUCUGGCUUGGUGCCCAACGUUGUCGUGCUGGUGGCAACGGUGCGAGCUCUGAAGAUGCACGGAGGCGGGCCGAGCGUAACUGCUGGUAUCCCUCUGAAGAGAGAAUAUACAGAGGAGAACAUCCCGCUGGUGGCAGACGGCUGCUGUAACCUUCAGAAGCAGAUUCAGAUCACUCAGCUCUUUGGGGUUCCAGUUGUCGUGGCCCUCAAUGUCUUUAAGACCGACACCCGUGCUGAGAUAGACUUGGUGUGUGAGCUCGCGAAGCGGGCUGGUGCCUUUGAUGCGGUCCCCUGCUAUCACUGGUCGGUUGGCGGAAAAGGGUCGGUGGACCUGGCUCGGGCUGUGAGAGAAGCCGCAAGUGAAGGAAGUCGUUUCCAGUUCCUUUAUGACGUUCAGCUUCCAAUUGUAGAAAAGAUAAGAACCAUAGCCCAGGCUGUGUACGGAGCCAAAGAUAUUGAACUCUCUCCUGAGGCACAAGCCAAAAUAGAGCGUUACACGCAACAGGGGUUUGGAAAUUUGCCCAUCUGCAUGGCAAAGACCCACCUUUCUCUGUCUCACCAGCCUGACAAGAAAGGUGUACCUAAGGAUUUCAUUCUACCCAUUAGUGACGUCCGGGCCAGCAUUGGCGCUGGGUUCAUUUACCCUUUGGUUGGAACGAUGAGCACCAUGCCAGGGCUGCCCACGCGGCCCUGCUUUUACGACAUCGAUCUUGAUACAGAAACAGAGCAAGUUAAAGGCUUGUUCUAAACGAACAGACUUUCACAGGACCCGGUUCAGGCUCCUGAAAGGCAAACUGCUCCUUCCCUUUGGCUGCAGCUGGAGAAGAAAGUGAAUUUGAAAUAUGCUUGUUACGCAAUGCUGGAGAAAUGGUGAAACAGGCCAAAGAUUUAUUCUUCCUUCAAGACGAAUCCUGUUCACAGCAGAGUCUAGUGUUCAGUAAAAGGACCUCCACCAAGUUUGGAGGAGACUAAUUUAUUUUCUGUUUCUGCAGAGUUUACAUUAUUUCCCCCUGCUUACACUUUAGAAUGUUUAUUUUAUGGGGGCUGCGGGAUUAAAAGAGUGUGAACGAAAAGGUAACAUUUUCCACUCUGGAGUUUUCUAUUUUGACUUUGAACUGAAAAUAAACAUGUAUCUAGAAAACCAACCGGCAAGUUUUCAGCGCCAGAUAAAACUCUGCUCUCUGGAGCUAACCGUUCAUGUCGGGGCUGUUACCCAACACCGAUUUCCUGGAAAAUUGUGAAUGUGACCAGAGCUUUAUAAACAUAGCACGAAAAGAAUCACACACACAGAGAAAUAUCUGGUCAAUUGUGAAAUCAGGGUAAUCAUUAUACCUACCUCACAGGGUUGUUUUGUGGCUCAGAUAUGCCAGAACCACGUGUUGGACACACUGGAACCAUCUUCUGAUUGUCGAAGAUUUGUAAUAUCCUUUGGAACAAAGUGCAUUUUAUAUCCAGAA